AGUAGAGGUCUCUGGCUUCGUUGCCGAGUGCCACCGCGAGUGGGCCGGGACGCGGAGGGAGGCGCGGCCGGAGCUCGGGUCGCCGAAGCCGGCCGGGACCGCGCUUCUUCCCCGCGGCAGGUGGCGCGGUCCCGGAGACUCUCAGAAGCCGCCCCAUGCAGAGCCGCUUCUUUGUCCCAUACCCCUGACCAUCCGUGCGUGGCACGGAGCCGGGUAUCUGCGGGUACAGCGAUGAACAGGGCAGACGUGGCCAGGCAACACUGCCGUCACACCUUUCCCCAACCCUGAAAAAUAGCUCCUGAGACCUGAACUGUAGACCAUCGUUUUAAUCGGAUCAAUUGCAACUGGAACAAGCUUCUCUUUGGCGUCACAAUGACCACUGAAGGCAGAGGAAAUGUAGGCCUCAUCCUCACGAGUACUGCUUUCCAGAAGCAAGAAGGGCGCCUGACUAUGAAGCAGGAGCCAGCGAGCCAGACUUGGGGUCAGGGCAGCAGUCUCCAAAAGAACCAUCCUCCUGUCUGCGAAAUCUUCCGGCUACACUUCAGGCAAUUAUGUUACCACGAGAUGUCUGGGCCACAGGAAGCAUUGAGCCGGCUCCGGGAGCUCUGCCACUGGUGGCUCAUGCCAGAGGUCCACACCAAGGAGCAGAUCCUGGAGCUGCUGGUGCUGGAGCAGUUCCUGAGCAUCCUCCCUGGGGAGCUCCGGACCUGGGUGCAGCUACAUCACCCUGAGAGUGGUGAGGAGGCUGUGGCUGUGGUGGAGGAUUUCCAGAGACACCUCAGUGGACCAGAGGAGGUUUCAGCCCCAGCACAGGAGCAGGAAAUGCAUUUGGAGGAGACAACAGCUCUGGCUGCAACAAAGGAAUCUCCUCCUGUAUCACCCCUCAGUGGGGGCUCAGCCCCUGGAGCCCACCUGCAUCCUCCUUAUGACUCAAGGACACACCACUUCGCCAAUGGGGACUUUGCUCAACCUGCUUCUCCAGUUCCUACCCUUCCUCAAGUGGGAAACUCAGGAGACCAAGCAGGGGCAACUGUACUUCGGAUGGUCAGGCCCCAGGAUACUGUGGUGUUUGAGGACCUGUCUGUAGACUAUACUCAGAAGAAACAGAAAUGUCCUGCGCUCAGUCAGAGAGCAAUGCACUGGAACGUGAUGCCAGAAAAUGACCACAGCAUGGCCUCCUUGGGUAAUGAUUCUGGGGGAACAGAGACUGGAGAUGUUUGUGGAGAUACUUUCAAGGAGUUAGAAGGACAAACCUCAGAUGAAGAAGGGAGCAGACUAGAAAAUGAUUUCUUGGAAAUAACAGAUGAGGAUAAGAAAAAAUUCUCAAAGAACAGAUUCAACAAAUAUAAGGAAGUUGGGGAACAUCCACGUCUGUCCUCCAGUCCUGCUGAAAAUGAAGAAAUUUUAAAGGGACAGAAAUCCUAUCAAUGUGAUGAAUGUGGCAAAGCUUUUAAUCGGAGCUCUCACCUUAUUGGCCAUCAGAGAAUCCACACUGGAGAGAAACCCUAUGAGUGUAAUGAGUGUGGGAAGACCUUCAGGCAAACCUCUCAGCUCAUUGUUCAUCUCAGAACCCACACGGGGGAAAAACCCUAUGAAUGCAGCGAGUGUGGAAAGGCCUAUAGGCACAGCUCCCAUCUUGUUCAACACCAGAGACUCCAUAAUGGGGAGAAACCCUAUAAAUGUAAUGAAUGUGCAAAAGCCUUUACACAGAGUUCCCGACUCAUUGACCACCAGAGAAUCCAUACUGGGGAGAAACCUUAUGAAUGCAAUGAGUGUGGAGAGGCAUUCAUUCGAAGUAAAAGUCUUGUUCGACAUCAGGUUCUGCACACUGGUAAGAAACCUUACAAAUGUAAUGAGUGUGGGAGAGUGUUCUGUUCCAAUAGAAAUCUCAUUGACCAUCAGAGAAUCCACACUGGAGAGAAGCCUUAUGAGUGUAGUGAAUGUGGCAAAGCCUUCAGUCGGAGUAAAUGUCUUAUUCGACAUCAGAGCCUCCACACUGGGGAAAAGCCAUACAAAUGUAGUGAAUGUGGGAAAGCCUUCAAUCAGAACUCUCAACUUGUUGAGCAUGAGCGAAUUCAUACUGGAGAAAAGCCUUUUGAAUGUAGUGAGUGUGGUAAGGCAUUCGGUCUGAGUAAAUGUCUUAUUCGGCACCAGAGACUUCACACCGGUGAAAAGCCCUAUAAAUGCAAUGAGUGUGGAAAAUCCUUCAAUCAAAACUCACACCUUAUUAUACACCAGAGAAUUCACACUGGUGAGAAACCUUAUGAAUGUAAUGAGUGUGGGAAGGUAUUCAGUUAUAGCUCCAGCCUUAUGGUACAUCAGAGAACCCAUACUGGGGAAAAACCUUAUAAAUGCAAUGAUUGUGGGAAAGCUUUUAGUGACAGCUCACAGCUUAUUGUGCACCAGAGAGUGCACACUGGAGAGAAACCUUAUGAAUGUAGUGAGUGUGGGAAGGCCUUUAGUCAGCGUUCCACUUUUAAUCAUCACCAGCGAACUCAUACUGGAGAGAGGCCCUCAGGUCUGGGUUGGUCAGUUUCUUAAGGUAUGGUUCUCUGAGACAGAGAGCAAGGACCUUAGAAUUAAGCUUUCUUUAUAAGAAGCAUGCUCACAUUGGUUUCCCGGAGCCACUAGUCACAGUGACUCCCUACUUGCUUAUCCUUGGAUCACUAAGGUAGGAGAGUAGGAGUAACUUAUUCCAGUUCUUACCCACUCUUAGGAAGAUAAGGACUACACAUGUCAUUUAAUUGUAGGUUUCCUUUUUUUUUCUUUAUUUUUAAAUUUUAACUAUUUUAAAAUCUAUUUCAUUUCUUAGUUAUGCAUCUUAAAAUCAGACUCCGUGCUUUUCAAAGACAGAGGUAAUAUCUUCUGUAUUCUAUCCUACCUCCUCCAUUUCACCAUUUAUACAAAGCCAUUCAGUAAGGCUGAUUCAUGCUUUCCUGCCUCUUGGCUGUGGCCCUCCCCAUCUACUCUUUAAACUUUAAUCUAUAGCUUUUCAUUGCUUUCAUUCCUUAUCUAGGAAACGUUUUCUUCUGUUUGCAAAUCUUUGUCUCUCACAAUUUUUGAAAUCCAUCUCAUCUCUUAAAUACUUUCUUCUUCAAAUGCUUCUUUAUUUUUCUUCAACUUCUCUUGAUUUGACCUCAAUGCUUUGAAUUUACUGGUGCUACAAUAUGUAACUGUUGUUAAAUUGCCUUGUAAAUUUUGUGUGUCUGUAUACUUUUAUAAUAACUUGUUAUAGGCUCUUUGAGGUCAGGUAUGUAUUUCUUUCCAAUAUAGAUAGUAUUUUGUACACUCAGUUGUUAAAUAAAUAAUUUUUAAAAUCUCAA